CUCACAUCACGUCGUUGACCUCACAACACCUCGAAAACUUCGCCCUUGAAUGAUUUCCGAGAACACCACAAUUUACCAGUCAAUCCUGAAAGUCCAACACGUUCUGGUUUGUGAAAGAUGGCAGAUCAACCAAGGCCACUCUUUGUUUACGGCACCUUGUGUGCCAUGCCACUCUUGGCCUGGGCCUUGACCGGCGACGCCUCCAACGCCAAAAGCAUCUCCUCGCUCGCUCGCCCAGCCAGAGUCUACGGCUACAAACGAUUCUCACUCCACAAUCGGGAUUACCCCGCGGCAAUCAAACAUGACCCCCAGUCUUCAGUUGACGGUUAUUUGAUCACGCUGGAUACGACGUCGCAGCGAAGGAAACUCGACGAUUUCGAGGGCGAAACAUAUCAACCCACACAAGUCUCCGUCGAGAUCCUAGGCCCGUCAGGCGAACCAUGCGAGACGCUCGAGGCCGACAUGUACCUCUGGAAUGGGGAGCCGGAUAUCGUGUCAAGUGAACCAUGGGAUUUGGAGACUUUUGUUAAGGAGAGGCUGGAGGACUGGAUCGACCUUUUUGAAGGGAUGGAGUUUGUUGGAGAAGAAUGAUACGCCAUCUGCCCCCGCCAAGACCACGGGGCCGUUACUUGCACCACGUCGCUUGGUAGCUUUACACCAAAUGCAGUUUAUUGCUCUGGCCAUGCUGGCCAUUCCAUACUUGGCGAGGAUUUUCGCCAUGAUCAUGCUUCCCAUUGAGUCUGGUGACUUCUCUGCUCAUCGUUCUGGAGGGACAACCAACUGAAGGAGAUGGUAGUAUCUCUCGCCAGGCGCCAGAACCACAUCAUAC